UUACGUGUCCGACUCCAAGCAGGUAUUGUUGAUGCGCGAAUCUGUUACUCCAAUUGACAAGUGUAUUAUCGUGAAUCAAAAUGUGGAAAGCGGCGGUUGGUGUGAAAAAUGCCCCGCCUGUGCCAAAUAACGGUGCUAAUAAUGACGAUGACUGGGAAACAGACCCAGAUUUUAUCAACGACGUUUCCGAACAAGAGCAACGAUGGGGUUCAAAAACUGUUCAAGGAUCCGGACGUAGUAUUGGAGCUAUUGAUAUGGAGCAGAUGCGCGCUGAAGUGGCCAAGGAUGAUGCCGCCAUCAAGAGAAAACAGUCUGAAGCUGGACCACAGGCGUCCAUGGGUUACGGUGGAAAAUUCGGCGUUGAAACGGACCGGAUGGACAAAAGUGCAGUUGGGCACGACCAUAUCGAAAAGCUGACGAGACAUGCCUCUCAGACCGAUUAUGCCUCUGGUUUCGGUGGGAAAUACGGUGUUCAACGAGACCGUCAAGACAAAAGUGCGCUUGGAUGGGAACAUAAAGAGAAAGUUGAGAAACAUGCUUCUCAAACGGACUAUGCGUCAGGAUUUGGAGGAAAGUUCGGCGUGGAAAAGGAUCGACAAGAUAAGUCCGCCCUCGGUUACGAUCAUGUAGAAAAGAUUGAAAAACAUGAAUCGCAAACAGGAUACAAAGUUGGUUUUGGUGGGCAGUACGGAUUGCAGAUGGACCGUGUGGAUCAAAGUGCUGUAGGCUGGGAGUAUUACGAAAAACCAUCCAAACACAGUUCCCAGACGGACUAUUCAGUUGGAUUUGGUGGCAAGUUUGGCGUCCAGAAAGACCGUCAGGACAAAUCUGCCUUGAGCUGGCAUCAUAUAGAGAAAGUAGAAAAGCAUGAGUCGCAAAAAGAUUACUCGAAAGGGUUCGGAGGUAAAUUUGGAGUCCAGUCGGAUCGACAGGAUAAAUGCGCUGUUGGAUACGAUCAUUUUGAAAGAACCCAGAUGCACGAGAGUCAGAUUGAUCAUUCUAAAGGAUUUGGUGGAAAAUUCGGUGUCCAGAACGAUCGUUUGGACAAAAAUGCACACACAUUUGAAGAAGAACCAGAACGCGUCGGUUCCAGCUACGAGCGAGUCAAGCCUGAGACGGCCGGUGUCAAAGCUUCGAGCCUGAAGGCAAAGUUUGAAAAUCUCGCCAAAGAGAAAGAAGAAGAAGAAGCGAAACGUUUGGCUGCCGAAAAGCAGCGACGAUUGUAUGAAGAAAAGGCUGAAGUUGAGGAAGCGCGGCGGAAAGUAGCCAAACAACGGGAGCUCGAGCGUGCUGAACGAGAUCGUGAAGAGAUGGAACGAGCCAGGCAUCGAGCUGCUGCCGAGGAAGAGGCUUUGGAAAGUGCUCGAAAGGCUAGAGAGGUGGAAGAGCGUCAGCAAUCUGAAGACAAACUUCGACGUGAUGCCGAAGAACGAAGUCGUUCGGAGCAAGAAGCUAUCCGACGCCGUGAAGCGGAGGAAGAGGAAAAAGAAAAUCGUCGUCGCGAAGCGGAAGAAAGGCAUCGUCGUGAAGCGGAGGAAAAGGAAAGGCGUCAUCGUGAAGCAGAGGAGCUACAGAAGCGUCGCCGUGAAGCGGAGGAGCAAGAAAGGCGUCGUCGUGAAGCAGAGGAGCAAGAGAAGCUACGCCACGAAGCGAAGGAGCUGGAGCAGCGUCGCCGUGAAGCUGAGGAGCUAGAGAAGCGUCGUCGUGAAUCGGAGGAGGCAGAAAAGCUUCGUCGUGAAGCCGAAGAACAAGAGAAGCGCCGACGUGGGCUUGAAGAAGCUGAACGUGAACGGAAACGAGAGGAAUUGAUGCGACAAGAGGAAGAGCGAUUGAGAGAAGAACUUCGGCGACAAAAGGAAGAAGAAGAACGCGAGGAAUGCGCGAGGAUGGAAGCGAGGCGGAAGGAGCGAGAAGCUGCAGAAGCUUCUGAACGCGCUCGACAAGCAGAAUUUAGCCCUGAAGAUGAAGCUCCGUCCGGUCUAACUGCGAUCGCUUUGUACGAUUAUCAAGCAGGUGAUGAAGAUGAAAUUUCGUUCGAUCCCGAUGAUGAAAUUACGGAUAUAGAACAAAUUUCUGAGCUCAGAAGAAAGUUUCGUGGAGGAAAGAAGAUCGUCAUCGGUAUUUUCCAUCCGUACUGCGAUGCGGGAGGUGGAGGUGAACGCGUUCUGUGGUGUGCUAUUCAAGCGCUUCAGAAGACGUACGCGCAAUGCUCUUUUCGUAUUUAUACCGGAGAUAAAGCAGCUGACGAAGAAAUUCUGGCGCGAGCAUCACUCCGCUUCGGUGUUAACAUAAAACCAAAGCCCGCAGUUCGAUUUGUUCGAUUGCGAAUGCGAAACUUCGUUGAAGCAACUCCGUAUCCUGUAUUCACGCUUUUGGGCCAGAGCCUAGGGUCAAUGGUACUUGGAAUGGAGGCAUUACUGCGAUGUGUACCGGAUAUUUAUUUGGACACAAUGGGAUACGCUUUUACGUAUCCUCUGUUCCGUUACCUGGGUGGCUGCAAAGUUGGGUGUUACACUCACUAUCCGACCAUCAGCUCAGAUAUGAUCUCCAAACUUGACGGGCGUGAAGUAGCCCAUAAUAAUCGAAAAUGGAUUGCCAAGAAUCGAAUUCUGUGCGAGUUAAAGCAGGGCUAUUACGUCCUUUUCGCCCGAAUUUACGGCUGGAUGGGGCGUAAAGCUGACGUAUGUAUGGUGAAUUCCUCGUGGACGAAAGGUCACGUGGACCAGCUGUGGUGGAAUGACGUUGGAAUGCGUUCCCGCGCGGCACUCGUGCAUCCGCCGUGCAAUCCAGAAAGAUUUUCUCAACUUCGUCGAAUCAAUUUUGAUGCUGCGAGUGACCAUUCUCAGGAUACUUGCGUAAUCGUAUCCGUUGCGCAAUUUCGACCAGAAAAGAACCACUCCUUACAGUUGAAUGCUUUUCGAGAGUUUUUACGCGCUUUGAAUGAAGAACCGGUGGACAAACUGAAAGCCGAGCCGAAGCUGGUGUUGAUAGGUGGUUGCAGAGAUAAUUUUGAUGCCGAGCGUGUGUCGGCAUUGGAAGCAGAAGCUGUGAAGUUGGGCAUCAGAGAUUCGGUCGAAUUCAAGCUCAAUGUGCCUCUGGAGGAGAUGGAAGCGAUUCUCAAGAAAGCUUUAAUCGGUGUCCACACCAUGUGGAAUGAACACUUUGGGAUCAGUAUAGUUGAAUUGAUGGCUGCGGGUCUUAUUGUUGUCGCUCACGAUUCGGGAGGUCCGAAGAUGGAUAUUGUCGUUCCUUGGGAGGACCAUCCGACUGGAUUCCUGGCAGUGGACCCCAGUUCAUAUGCGGAAUGCUUCAUGAACAUUUUGAAGAUGGAUACAAAUGCUCGGCAAAGUAUCAUUCAGUAUGCCAGAGCAUCCGUCCAUCGAUUCUCGGAUAAGAAGUUCAUGGAGCGUUUUGUUGUUUCCACCGAGCCAUUAUUCCUGUGAAGCCUGCUUGUUGUCAGCUUGUGAAAUCAAGUGAUGAAUGGUGUGUUUUGUUGUUGCCGUCGAUGUGAUUUUUUAAGGUUCAAUCAUAAAACGUGGUUGAAAAGGAAAA